GGUAACACCGGCAUGGCUUACAAUCAGCUCCGUCCCCCUGGAUGUACCGUUCAGAUGUUCGCUGUAAGGAGUGACGAGGCGGGCCCCAUGCAUACAUGCGAUGGCGCUCUAUUUCUUACGCACGGGCCACUUUCCCGGCUUCGUCUCUUCUCAGUCGCUCACACCACUUGCCGCCCUGGCCGCCAAGUCUCCGCUCUUGUGGCUCACGGCGGCACUCCAGGCCAUGUCCUGUGGACUCACUGCAGCACCUAGAACAUUCGCUGCGGCUCGGCGCCCUGCGUCCGAAGCUCGAAGCUCGGCAAGCAGGGCACGUUGCUGCACCGCCUUCCCUUCACAAAGUUCAUGAACGCUGGUGCAUUUCCGAGGUCAGCGGCGGAUCUUGACGCAACUCGUAAUGGCAGCUCGAACGCUCGCGGCUUUUUGAUGCCACCGGCAGUAUAAAGGUGCACUAUUACCGCAGGGAAAAACGGACAUCGUCUCUACAGUCCUCUUGUCUACCUUACUCCUGUACGCCAGUGGCACUCGACAAAUUCAAUCUUUCUAUCACACGAAUUUCAUCAUGCUCCACUUGUUCAUCCUUGCGUUCCUCGUAGCGUCUGCCUUUGCGCAGAGGUGCCAAAUCGCCGCACCCGCCGAAUGGUCGACGGUCGCUCCAGGAAGCAACAUCACCGUUGAAGUCGACAGACCCAUGACCCUGAGCAGCUCCCAGGAGGUCGCGGUCGUCAUCGGCUUCUGGGCGUGUAACGGACCUUGCAACGAGACGGACGUCACCCAGAUCAUGGGCAACGUCGUCUACAGUGGUCCUUACUCGCCGCAGCUCGUGGACGCGGGCUUCAAGCCACCAUACCAAAAUUUCACCGUCACCGUCCCCUCGCACUUCGUCCCUGGGCGCGAGGUCAGCCUGAAUGUCGCGCACUUCACGCUGAUUGGGGCUGGUCUUGAGCCAUUCUUGGAGACGUUGAACAUCACCCUCAAUAUCGGGUCGGCGUGAGAUGCCGACUCUGGAUGGAGCAGUGAACAAAAGUACUGAUUGUUUCGGACGGACCUUGGGCUUCGCCGAAGAUUGUGUUACGGACUUGGACAUUCGGACUCCUGCUGUGUACUCGAUAGCCUCCUAGCUCCAUUGUCGUACCGCAUCUUCCCGUGGCCACCUCUCGUGUACUAUAUACGUUGCGCCAGUGUGCCAAUGGAGUCAGCUGACGUUUUUCCAAUGCC